AUGGGCUUGAUGUCUUAUUUUCUUGGCAUUGAAGUGGUUCAAAGAGAUGAUGGUAUUUUCAUUUCUCAGAAGAAAUAUGCAAAUGAUAUUUUGAAGAAAUUUCAGAUGGAAUAUUCAAAUCCAAUUCUUACUCCAGUCGAAGAGAAGUUCAAGUUGUUGAGAGAAGAUAAAGGAAGAACAGUAAAUUCUAUAUAUUACAAAAGCUUAAUUGGAAGUCUAAGGUACUUGACUGCGACUAGACCAGAUAUUGUGUUUGGAGUUGGUUUGCUUAGCAGAUUCAUGGAGGAACCUUGUACCAACCAUUUACAAGUGGCAAAACGGAUUCUUCGAUAUAUCAAAUGUACUUUAAAUGAUGGUAUUUAUUAUGAAAAUACUACUGAAAUGAAUCUUGGUGGUUACACUGAUAGUGAUUGGGCUGGAGAUAUAGAAACAAGAAAAAGCACUUCAGGAUUUGUAUUUCAUCUUGGUUCUGUUCAUGUUAUAGUUCAUAAGGAUGUGAAGAGCAAUAACAUAUUGCUUGAUCAUGAGUUUAAGCCUCAUGUAACAGAUUUUGGGUUUGUUAAGACUUUGCAGCAUGAGGCUGGCAAGGGAGGUGCUAGUGCCGGUACCAGUGUCAUGUCCAGAGGAUAUCGGCACUGCGCAAAGGAUCGUCGAGGUGGAGGCCGCUGUAGUACAAACGCGGGCCUUGGUCAUGCAAGCCGCGAAGAUGUGACAGGCGAGCAGCGUGGGUGCAAGUGA